GCAAAGGGGCCCGGCAGCCCCAGGCAGAUCCCCUUCUCCUUCUUCCACUCUAUCUGUCCCCCCCCCCCUUACUCCCCUUUCUGUUUGCCAAUCACCAUGGACGACCUCUCCAACCUCCCUGCCGGCCUGUCUGCCCAGCCCCCCGGCGGCGACGGCGGCGACGCCGAGAGCAAGGCCCGUCUCAAGGCCCAGGAGGAUGCCCGCCUGGAGAUGAUUCACCAGAUCCUGACUCCGGAUGCCCGGGAGCGCCUCAACCGCAUUGCCGUCGUGCGCCCGGACAAGGCGCGUGGUGUGGAGGACCUGCUGGUCAAGAUGGCCCAGUCCGGGCGUCUUGGUGGUCGGGUGUCUGAGCAGCAGCUGGUUGGCAUGCUGGAGCAGAUCAGCGAGCAGACUGGCUCCACUCGUGAGACCAAGAUCAAGUUCUCCCGUCGCGGUGACGAUGACGAUGACGAUUGGGAGGCCGACCUCUUCAAGGACUGAGGGCGGAUUUCCCGGCCGACCUGGGCGCAAGCGCGCACCGCUCCCCCGCCCGUGCCCCAGCCGUACUCCUUCUCCCCCGGGGGAGUAAACGCAUCCUGGAUGCGGGUCGCGAUGCGGCCGGGCAUAUGGCCCAUUUCCGGAUCCUCCCAUGUGUGGGCAGCGGCUGCGGCGAUGUCGAUGCAGCGCCACUGGCGCCACAUCAUCCUCCAAGACAAUAUAAAGACGCAAAGCAACA